ACAUGGUUUGUACACAGAAGAACAGUGAGAAGAAGAAGACGUACGGCGGCCCUGGGAGAAGAUGACGCUGAGAACGUUGCCAAAAGCCGAGAGGGCAACGAGGACGGAGAGCGCUCUUUCAGCCUGCUCUCCGAACAUGUUGCGGAAGAACGAGGCCGCCAGGAUGCGGCCCGAGGCGACGAUCUGGUCCUUGGGCACUGCGGCAAAAGCAGCCACGGUCCCGAGAGCCAGCGGCCCGGCGAUCUUCAGCGUCCGGACGGGGUUCUUGGUCUCGCUGAGAGCGUAGUUGGCGUUGCUGUAGCCGAUGUAGCUCCAGAUCGAGCUGUACAGGGCCGUGACGACGCCGUAUGCGCUGCCGGUGGUGCCCUCGAAGGCGUUGCUGAAGUUGUCUGGCUUGUCGAUCUUGAGGGCGCCGCCCAGCGCCGCAAAGCCCGAGAAGACGAUGAGCAGGAUGACGAGCAGCUUGAUGACGCCCAGCAGGUUCUGCAGCCGCAGCCCCCACUGCAGCGCGAGGCCGUGGAUGAGGAAGGCCGCCGUGAUGCAGGCCAGGCCGACGCCGCGCUGGUUCCAGCGGUCGACCUCGAUCUGCGCGGCGUGGAGGAUAUAUUCGCCAAAGAUGACGGAGUUCGAGCCGGCCCAUCCUGCAGUCAGUCAGUCAGUCAGUCAGUCAGUCAGUCAGUCAGUCAGUCAGUCAGUCAGUCAGCACAACGGCCAUCAUCAUCAAUUGACAGACAGCAAAGUACACAGAACAGGCAAAGACGCACCGAGGAGCACGACGUAGCCGGCGUAGAGGCCCGUCACCAGGAAGCGCGGGCGGCGGAAGACGAACUCGAGAUAGUUCUUCUCGCCGCCGUUGCGAGGCAGCGCAGUGCCGAACUCGAGGUAGACGGCCAUGCCAGCGCCCGCGAUGAGCAUGCCGGCGACCCAGAUGAGCAGCGAGAGGCCGACGCUGCCGGAGAGGGCGAAGAUGGCGCUGGGCGUCGCGAAGAUGCCGGUGCCUAUCAUGCGGUUGAAGAUGAGGAAGACGGCGGAGACGAGGCCGAUCUGGCGGCGCGACUCGCUGGUGUGAUACUCCUCCUCCUCAUGGCGGUCGUUGGCUGCUACCAGUCAGUCAGUCAGUUUUCUUCUUCUUCUUCUUCUCUUCUUCUCUUGCAUCGAAGGAGGCCUCUCACCCUCAGCUUCGUAGCUGCGCAGCUUUGCCGUCGGGUCUGCCAUGGUUCCAAACGACUUCGCCUGCUUCACUGCGCAGCGCACGAAGGCCGUCGCAGCGUCGAGGGCAGACGCCCGGCCACGACUGGCUCAGGGCCGGAGGAGGACGGACGGAGCUGCAGGGAUGAGGCAGCUCCAGCUCCAGCAGGGAGGAUCAGGCGUGUCAAUACUGACAGGAUGGAUGGGAUAGACCAGACAGGCGCAGGACAGGACAGGACAGGACAGCCAGGGGCCAGGGAUGAUGCGACGGCGCAAAAGCAAAAAGACGGCGGCGGCGGGAGGGACGAAGGAUAA